UUAAUUCCCUCCAAGUCCCUAUUCCCCUCUUAUUCUUAUCCCUACCCCCUUUCUCCCCUUUCGAUCCCCACAUUUUCCUAUUCCCAUUCUGCCCCUCAAAACCCUAACCCUAAUCUUUGAAGACGAUGAAGGGAAGAAAGCCGAAGGCUAGCUCGUCGAAGGCCAGCGAGAGCAAGUUGGCGGUUAAAAAAACGGAGAAGAAAGUGAAGAAGGGAAAAGAUCCGAACAAGCCAAAGAGAGCACCAAGCGCUUUCUUCGUUUUCAUGGAGGGUUUUAGAAAGGAGUUCAAGGAGAAGAACCCUAGGAACAAGAGCGUUGCCGCUGUCGGCAAAGCUGGCGGUGAGAGGUGGAAAUCGAUGUCUGAUUCUGAUAAAGCCCCAUUUGUGUCGAAGGCAGAGAAGUUGAAAGCUGAGUACGAGAAGAAAAUAGCUGCCUAUAACAGGGGCGAAAAGGUUGAUGAUAAUGUCGUGGAGGAAGAAGAGUCUGACAAGUCCAAGUCUGAGGUUGAGCAGGAAGAAGGAAGUGGUAGUGAGGAGGAAGGCGAUGAGGAUGAUGACUAGAAAGAAUGGCCUAACAAAACUCCCCUUAUCUUUUUCUUUCUUUUUUAGUAUGGUUCACUUUUGUCAUCUUAGGAAAUAGGGGAGUGAACUUUACGUGAAGGAAUCUUGCGGAUCCAAAAUCUUUGGGUUUGCAGAUAUUUUGGUGGGAUGGACUAAUUACAUUCCUUGUACUUAUAAGCACCACAUCCUUGGUUAAAAAUAGUAUAAGCUUGUUUAAUGCUUCUUAAUUCUUCUCUUGUGUCGUUAA